AUCCAGAAGAUGCAUCUAUCUUUGUAUCGGGAUAGUGCUGGGCCUAGUUACAAUCUAAGAGAGAGACUCAGUAGUCAGUUUAACGAGAGGAAAGCUGGGAAGGAUGAAUCAUGUGGUCUACUUUGUUCAGAGUUUCAAGCUCAAGUACAUGACUGGUCUCUCAUCGCCUCUGAAAGCGAUUCAAAGUGGUUUGACACUCUGAUGCCGCCACUUAACAAAGAACAAAACAAUAAUAAUCGUCUUACUGAAAGAGAUCCUAUUGGAAAUGGUGACAGCAAUAAAAUGCUCACAAUGCUGGUCUCAGCUAUGGGAGAGUGUGCACUCUCGAUCCUUAGAGAACCAGCAGUGCCGCAGCAUUUUCUCAAUGGGGAUUCACUGCAUGACUUCUGCAUCUCUGCACUGAAGAUCAUUUCCUGCCUAGUUGAGGAUGUAAUUGCUAGUCCGUGGAUUUCACCUCCAGAGCUCAUACAUCUAUGUGCUUCAUUUCCUGAAACUGGUGACAAUAUAAAGCAUUCUAAAAAGGUUUCCAUAGCGUUCGAAUUAUGUAUUAGAACCGUGUGGAAUUGUGUUAGACUCAUCUGUCUGAAAUUUGAGUCUAACUCAUCUGAGGAUUUUGUGUCCGAAAAAACAGUUACUGAUUUUGUGAGCGAGGCAUGUCGCAAAUCUGCAUACUAUCUGGAUGUUCUCGAGCAACAUGGAGAGUUAAAAAUUGAGGAGCUUGUUUUUUUUAUUCUAGAAACUUGGUCUUUAGCUAAAAAACUCAUCGCAAGUUUACCAGACCUUACACCAAUAAUACAACAGUGGGUUAAGAUACAACACAAGCGUCAUAAGAGUCCUGAUCUGGCUGACUCAUGUACACUCUUUCACUCCUUGUUGCUAUCUUCUCAGAAGAUUUCGAAAAUAGUGACUGGAAAUAUCUUGGAGCAGGAGAUUCUUGCUUAUGAGGAGUUCGUUCCUGUGUGCUCAAAAUUAUGUCGCGCAAAUCAGAUAAAAAUUGCUGAUAUCCUUUUGAAAGAUGUUAUCAUCACAAAAGAUCUAUUCUUGGAGAGAGCAAGAGUUUUAACAUGGAAAGCAAGGAUUGCUAGAGCUGAUCAAGAGCGUGUUGAAAAAGAGUGUGUUAAACAAGAGGGUGCUAAACAAGAGCCUGUUGAACAAGAGCCUGUUAAACAAGCACGUGUUGAAAAAGAGCUUUUUGAACAAGAUUGUGUUCGUCAUUUAUCCGAAGGAAUAUCUAAUUUGGAAAGCAUAUCUAAUGAGGGCCAUGAGACUUGUUUCCAACUAACUAUUAUAUAUUUCUUAAGAGCGUUAUACUUCCAAGAAACUAAACCAGAGUCCAAGCAAAUUUUCGAAGACAUUAACAAAUCAUUGAAUCUAUGUGUAUGGAUUCAGUCUGGUGAGACUAUGCCCCUGGAAAACGUGAUUCCUCUACUGUUCAAUGUAAUUGAUUUGGUCUCAAUAAAGGGUUGGAUAGAGCUCCAUCAACGGAUAUACGACUUGAUGUUUAGAAUAUUUAAAGGGAGAAAUGUCAGAUUGAAGGAUGCUUUGGCAAUGUUGUGGGAUUGUAGACGGCUAAGUCAUGCGUUAUGUCCUUCUCCAAUAGAUGAUGCUGUCAUCACGGGAUUAUCAUGCUACUUUGAUGAAAUAUCAGAGUCAACAGAUUUCUGGAAAAGUUGCUUGCAGUUUUCAAAAGCAAAAUCAAUUGGGUUCGAGUUGAGCAUACAUGAGUCAGACAUCACAAUAGUUGAGAUUAAACGCACAGCUUCCAAACUAGACACAACUUCCAAACCAGUCUCAAGUGAUCCACUUCCCUGUUUCUCGUCUUUUGUUGCUGCAUCUCUAUAUUAUGAUCUCUGUGAAAGAGAAUUGUCAUGUGGUAAUUUAUACAAGGCUCUCUCUUAUGCUACGGAAGCACAAAGGAUUCGAAAUUUUCUUCUAAGAAAAUGGUUUAGAUUUAGUGGGAAAACUACACAGACAGUAGAAAUAAUGACUUUCGACUUUAAGAAGUUUGAAGUUUCAAGUCUUAGAGAUACCGAUUCAUGGCCAUGUGGAACUUUUCUCUGGGAUAUUAGCCGCUGCUACUUAAGCCCUUGGAUUUUGCUCCAAUGUUGUUUGGAAAGUGUUCUUCAGCUUGGUGGUAUUUGGGAGCUUAUGGGGGAAAGAGAUAGGGCUGGAAACUUGCUAUCUUGGGGAAAAACUGUUUCAUCUAUUCAGAGCCUACAACCUUUUGUCCUUGCAUUUUCUCUUGCUUUGGGGAAUCUCUACAAUAAAAUGCAGUGUAGGGAUCUAGCAGAAAAGGAGCUCCAGAAUGCGAAAAAGCUGCUAACAGAUAGUCAAAGAAAUUUUCCUUGCCGAAACUGCAAGCUGAUGUUAGAGGUUACGUUGGAUAAGCAAUUUGGAGACUUGUCUCAAAGACAAUCUGAGAGUCUGUAUAGUGCAGCCUUACAAAAAAUAUGCUGCCCAGCUUGGAAAGGAUGCAUUAAUCAAACAGCCGAGGUAGAGAAACCAAGAGACUCGAAAAUGAGGCGUGGAGGAGGUGCUCUAAUUGUGCAUGCUUGCGAGAUGAAGGAGCAGCCUAUUAUAAGGUUGACUCGCUCAAUGAGUCGAUCACUUGAAGAACGACCUCAAAACUUUCCUGCUAAGAAGUGUAGAUUCAUUGAUGAAUCUGAUAUCUGUGAUGCAAAGGGGUUGAUGCGGGACACUAAAAACAGAAUCUGCGUUUGCAUCAAUAGAAUAAGCCAGCAGCACCUCUCUAACGAAGUUACAAGAUCUGGAUUGCCAAAUGACUUUAUAAGUUUGAAAUGGCAAUUUUACCAAAGGAGGCUUGCGUGCACGGUUCUUGUCAGCCUUGGAAAAUGUUUGGCUAAAUCUGGAAAGGUUCAUCAAGCACAUGGGGCAAUUUUGCAUAGCAUCGCUGCUUUGUAUAACAGUACCGUAUCCAUCCUCAGCUCACCUUCUUCUCGCAGUCCAUUGCUGGAUUUUAUUGGGAAGGAAAUCAAAGGAGAUGUAUUUGGUCUUGAUGGUGCAAGAAUAUUAUACAACUUGUGCAAGUUGAGUCUUCAAACUUACCACUCCAGGUCUGUUUUAUGUGAUUUAUCACAUAUUCCAUAUCAGACGCUGGUUUCAUUGUUAACUUUGGCAUUUGUACUUAGCAGAGAGGAUCCGAUACUCUGUCGAAAGAUUUCAAGGUUGCUUGCUGUGUUAUACUUGGUCUCUUCUAUAGGGUCUGAGUUCUCACUCCCCUGUGACGGAGAGCUUUCUUUAAGUCAUUGGGUUACAUAUUAUCAUCACGCCUCUCUUGGUGCUAAUAGCAACUACCACUUCUUGUCAAAAUUUAUGAAAUCAGGACGCAACUCAGAUAAAGAGGCUUCUGAAGAAUUCGACUUUCUCAGGCUUGCUCCCAAAAGCACCGACGGUCUUGUUAAGUUUGCAAAAAACUUUUUCAAUGGUCUACCAGAAACGACAGCCAUCUGCAUUAGCGUGCUUGGAGGCACACUGAGUAAAUUGUUGCAAGAGUUAUUGAAAAGCCCCCAAGUUUGUGGGUGGCUGCUCUUGUCACGGUUGAGCUCAAAGAGUCAGCAGCCUUUAGCUGUACUUCUGCCAAUUUAUUCUUCACUUGGAGAAGGUGGGAUUGAAAAGAUGGAUAAAAGAUGGGAUUCUCCAUGGGGUUCCACAGUGGUGGAUGUUGUCGCUCCAGCAUUUCGAUUAAUAUUGAAGGAGUACAACUUUGCUGGUUCUCAGGUUCCUAUGGAAGAUGAAAAAUUGAGGUGGAAGGAGAUAGACGAACUUGAACUUCGUCUUAAUAAAUUGCUAAGAAACCUUGAAGACACCUGGUUGGGUCCCUGGAGGCAUCUGCUUUUGGGAGAGUCUUCAAAUAGUAAAUCGCAUGAGUCCACGCAAAAGAAGCUGGUUGAAGAGCUAAGGGCCAAAUGUAAUAUGGAAGUAAAUGAGACACUUCUAAAGGUUUUCCUUGGAAAUGACACAGCCAAGGACGGCGACUCAUGGAUAUCUCAGCUUUGUUCAAAGAAUGGUUGCUGCAUAGGAGGUCAUCCAAGUGACCAUAUUGAUGAAGAAAAUGGAAGCAGUAUAUCUGAUGACCUUCGAAGUAGGUACCGGCUAGCCUUACAACUGAUACGGGACUCAGGGAUCAAGCUAGAGGAUUAUAAUGAGAAGAGAGAACCGAUAAUACUUGUGUUGGAUCAUGAGAUUCAGAUGCUUCCAUGGGAGAACAUUCCAACAUUGAGAAGACAAGAAGUAUACCGUAUGCCUUCUGUGGGUAGUAUAUCAGCAGUGCUUAAGAAAAGCUGUUACCGAGAAGAUCCGUCUCCCUUCCUUGUGAUCGAUCCUCGAGAUUCUUGUUAUCUAUUAGAUCCGAAAUAUAAUUGCAAAACAUUGCAAACCGUGCUUGAAGGAUUGUCCGAGAUUAAGGAAAUCAAGGUAGAAGCUGGAUUAGAGCCACCUGCUCCUUCUGCUCAGGAGCUAAAUGAUGCGUUGGGAAAUCGUGAUCUUUUCCUAUAUCAUGGGCAUGGUUCUGGAGAUCAAUAUAUUCCCAUGCGGAAAGUAGAGAAUAUGAACAAAUGUUCUGCAGCUUUUCUUAUGGGAUGCUGCAGCGGUUUGCCAUAUAGAGGAGGCAGAUAUGUACCAAAAAGUGUUCCGAUAUCUUUCCUGCUAGCCGGUUCCCCUGUCAUUGUGGCAACCUUGUGGGAUGUACCACAAGAUAUUAGCCAGUUUGUGAAGGCAAUGUUAGAAAGUUUCUGGAGAGAGAGGAGUGAUGAUGUUAAACCAGAGAGAAUUGGGUCGCUCAUGGCUGAUGCACGUUAUGCCUGCGCUCAGCAAUUCUUGACAGGGGCUGCCAUCGUGUGUUAUGGUGUCCCAACUGCUAUCACAACAAAGAGGAAGAAAAAAAAAUACUUGAAGCCAAUGUUUGAAAUUUGUUUUGAUAUACUAGGAGGGCAUUCAAAAUAUUGAUGAUUUAGAAGAUUUUUCUUCCUUAUUUUUGUGUUUCAACUUAAUAUUGAAUUCAAACCACGUAUUUCUCUU